GGCGAGCUUGUCGGCCCCAUGCUCGUAUAUCUUCGCUGGGAGAAAGAAUGCGACGACGACUUCUGGCUCACGAAGCUGCAGGAAACGCUCGACAGCAUCCUACGCCUGGCGACGCGCCUGGGCCUGACGCCAGCGGUGCCGGCGUACUACAGCAACCUGUCGAUGGAAACCAUGCCGGCCGACUUCAUCUACCGAGAUAAUAUGCAGUGGUUGAGAGGUGUGAAGGGAAAGUACGACCCCAACGACGUUAUGGGUCGGUGCGGCGGCCACAAGAUC